AUGUAAUCUAUGGACAAACUUUAGAAUGAAUCAAAUGAGGAUUUUUAUAAAGAUAUACGAUCUGUAAUUGAAGAUAUACGUGUAAAUUUUCUGUUUAUGACAAAAGAAGUUUUAAUGAAAACAAAUAGAUUUAUCAACAAACAAAUUAUAGACUCAAUAAAAAAUUAUUUCUUUGAGAAUCAGAUUGGAACGUUACUGAAACCAAAGAUGGAGAAAGACUCUCUAAAAAAAGUAAAAAGUGAGAUUGAAGAUAAUAUAAAAUGUGAUCCUGAAAAUAGGUAUUAAGAUCCUGAAAUACCCAAAUAUAUGAUCUUUAUGAAUGCAUAUGUAGAUUAAAUUGAAAAAUAUUCUCUUCACUAAGACUAUUUAAAUCUCUUAUAUGAUUUAAUUUUAAGUGAUAACCAGAGUAAGGGUUUCUCUGAUGACUGGAUGACACUUAUAAGGAAAAAAAUAACAGCUGUACUUCUUCUAGGGCAUUUUUAGAGUUCUAAUAGAUAAAAUUUAAAGAAUAUAUUUGACUUAUGGGCAAAUGUAUAUCCAAAUUAACAGCUAAACAAAGUAAAGAAGAAUUUUAAAAACUCCAAAUAAUGUGCAAAUAAGAUCGCUAACGAAGAAAAUUUGAAGCAGCUAUCUUCAUCAGACUCUGAUAGCAGUGAAACAGAGGAUUAAGAAGUAGUGAAACUAUAAAUUAAAGAAUCAAAGCAAAGGCAAUCAUAAAAUAUAAAAAAUUCAAAAGCCAAAAAAUAAUUCUAAUAGCCUUCAAUCUAAGAAGCUUAAGAUUUGGAUAUCUCACAAUUAAAAUAUUCUGAACAAGAUAUUUUAGAAAUAUCAAAUUAAAAAAAUGAAGAAACAAAAACCGAAAUAUCGAAAGAGGAAAAGUAAAUAAAUAAUAGAAAAACAAAGUAGUAAAGUAAAACUUCUACAAUAAAGAAUAUUAAAUAAGAAAAAAAAUAAGAGUAGUAAUUGUAGUCUACUAAAUAAAAAAGAAAAUAAGAUAUUAUAUCUGACUAGAAUCAAUAUGAAUAUAAUUAAAAUGAAUGCGACGAAACAAGCUACUCUCCUUUGAUGUAAGGAGCGCAAGCAGAAAUAUAUAUAGCAGAAACACAAUUUAUUCUUGAUCAUGAGGAAGACGAUGAAGAAGAAGAGGAUGAAGAUGACGACGAUGAUGGCGAAGAAACUAAUCCAUAAAAUUAUUAUAGACAUGUUAGCAUAAUUAAAGCAAAGCCAAAAAUAAAAUAGCAAACUUUGCAGAAAAAAAUAAAAAAAAUAAAUUUAAGUUAAAAAAGAAAAAAGUAUUGCAUUAGAUUAACUAAAAUAGAACUGUAAUUAGAAUACCUUUAACGAUGA